AUGUGUGAGCCUGGAGGCCAUGCGCCAUUUGCGAACGAUUUUCUGUAUCCGCAGGAGAUGAACGCGGUCCUGAGAAGCAUGCUUUCAGAGUGGUUCUCUGUCGGGUUCCUCCACUUGGAGAGAAUUACGUGGCAGUCCCCUUGCGACGUCCUGCAGAAGAUCAGCGAGUAUGAGGCGGUGCAUCCGGUCAGGAACUGGACAGAUAUGAAGCGUAGAGUGGGACCGUACAGGAGAUGCUUCGCCUUUACCCACAGCUCAAUGCCUGGGGAGCCUCUCAUUGUGUUACACGUCGCUCUGAUGCAACAUAUUACAGGCAACAUCCAGGCAAUUGUAAAGGAGAUUCCCCCAUCGGAGAUUGAAGAUGGAAGCAAGGUCAAGUCCGCUAUAUUUUACUCUAUAAGCUCAACCCAGCAAGGCCUGCAGGGCGUGGAGCUCGGCAACUACCUCAUCAAGCGGGUAGUGAAAGAGUUACAGGUUGAGUUUCCCCAGAUUUCCGCAUUCUCCAGCCUGUCACCGAUUCCCGGAUUUACAAAGUGGCUUCUUGGGACUCUAAGCUCGCAAACAAAAGAAAAUGGCAGGAUGGAGCUGUUCCUGGAGUCGGAGUGUAAAGAGAUAUCGGACAUCACCAGAGCGCCGGCUGCCGAAGCCUUGAAACGUCUCCUCGCAAACAACGAGUGGAUGAGGUCAGAAAGACUGGUCAAGGCCCUAGAGGAUCCCAUGAUGAGACUCUGCGCUUGGUACUUGUACGGGGAGAAGCACCGCGGUUGCGCCUUGAACCCGGUAGCAAACUUUCACCUGCAGAACGGGGCGGUCAUGUGGAGACUGAACUGGAUGGCAGAUACGAGCCCCCGCGGAGCCUCCUCUUCCUGCGGCAUGAUGGUGAACUAUCGCUACUUUCUGGAGAACACCCGCGCCUACAGCUCUAAUUAUCUGAGGAUGAAAAACAUUGAAGCCUCAGAACAAGUGCUCAGUUUGGUGUCCCAGUUCAAAAAGAACAGUAAGUUAUAAAGGGAAUUGGAUCGUUGUAGG